ACCAGCAGCGUAUAUCUUUUCUACCUGCUGUGUGUGGCAAAGCAAGACGAAUAUUUGCCUGGAUAGGAAGAGGCUGUUCGAGUUUAUUUUUUGCAGUCAUUUGUUGCUGCCCGUUUUUGAAGCGGAAUUUUGUCUCCUGAGCAACAAAAUGGGAAAUGAAGCAAGUUAUCCCCUGGAGAUGUGCUCGCACUUCGAUGCAGAUGAGAUUAAGAGGCUAGGAAAGAGAUUUAAGAAACUCGACCUAGAUAACUCCGGAUCCCUGAGCGUAGAGGAGUUCAUGUCCCUGCCCGAGCUGCAGCAGAAUCCGCUGGUGCAGAGGGUUAUCGAUAUAUUUGACACAGACGGCAAUGGGGAAGUGGAUUUCAAAGAGUUUAUAGAGGGCGUCUCACAAUUCAGUGUUAAGGGAGAUAAGGAACAGAAACUCAGAUUCGCUUUCAGGAUCUACGAUAUGGACAAGGACGGCUAUAUUUCCAAUGGCGAGCUGUUCCAAGUGUUGAAGAUGAUGGUGGGAAACAACUUGAAGGACACCCAACUGCAGCAGAUUGUAGAUAAGACCAUUAUCAAUGCAGACAAGGAUGGCGAUGGGAGAAUAUCUUUUGAAGAGUUCUGUGCUGUUGUUGGUGGUCUUGACAUUCACAAAAAGAUGGUAGUGGAUGUGUGAGUCUUCACACAUCCUCCUUGCCACCUACAACACGUGCUUUCCUUUCCAUCUCUGAUCUGCUCAAGACAUCUAGCAAAUGCUCUUUUUCAAUGGAAGUAUUUACUCUGUGAAGCUACCUUAUUGCUACCACGAGCCUGGUGAAGCCAACGCGUAAGUGUUUUUGAACUCUGAUCCUCACAAUAACCUGGUGUAGCACUUUACUGACUGAAGAACGGCAAAGAGCAUCUCUAUCUGAACAAGGGAAGACAGGGUGGCUGGUUCAUUUUUUUUUUUCUCACUUUCUUUUUGUAAUUUUUUUUAAUUUAUAUUUAUUUUGGAUCACUUUUUUUUAAAAGCAAGUGUAUAUUAAGCUUUCUGCGAAGGAGGAAGUUAUCUUAAAAGUUAAUGAUGGCAUUUCAGUACAGAAAUAAUUAGGGUAUGAUGUGCCAAGCAGAACACAAUCAACAAACCAGACAAAGAUCUUUUUAAUUAGAAAAAACUGGUUUGAUUUUGUUUGGGUUUUUGUUUAAGUGAAUACUUUUUUUUUCUUUUCUUUCAUUUUGCAAUGUUUCUAUUGUUCUUGUGAUUAAUCAUGUUAAUCAGUACUUUUUGUAUUGUGAUAAAUUAUUUAUGAAUGUUCGUAUUACUGGAGAGUAACUUUAUUCUGUGUUUAAUUCGAUGACAGUCCAGUAGAAAUAGAUGCCAAAAAAAAAAUCCAACUGUACCGAAACAUCAGUGACUUCUUCAGGUUAGGAUUUUGUUAAAGACCUUCUGAUGAUAAACAAUUAGUAAUGUUUCAGUGCUCAAAUUCUGAAAGAUUUGUUGAAUCACUGAGCUCUGAUGACCGCAUCCAUUAUUAUUAUAACACCUCUGCAGAUCAUUACGGCAGUUUCAUUGCAGUCAGCAUUGUUUUUGCUUUAAAAACCCAAAAUAAUUCUAGAUACAUAUGUACCAGAAGCCAGAACACAGGAUUUAGAACAGCAGUACGCUAUUUGUGACUACUCCAUACCCCCACGUGGACGAACGAAGUAUUGUAUUUUAAAUCCAAAACGCCCAGUGAGACAUUAACCUUAGAACUUUAGCAUGACAAGAGUAAAGAGUAUGACUGGAAAGGAUUUGCUCCUUACUUCCUCUACGCAUCUUCACAGGCUUCUCUCACCUGUGGUACCUAGCGUGUCUCUGAUCCCCCAAGUGCUCCUCCAGCGUCUGCACGAACAUGUUCCCUUCUGCAUGGUUUCUGAUUUACAGCACGUCUACUGUUUACACUUGUGAUAUUCAACAUCAAAUAUCGAAUAAUUAUGGAUGUCGCCAAAAAGUUUUGAGGGGGGGGGGGAACUCAGCACAAUCGGUGUUCUUGAAAAGUACAAAUACAUAUAUACACUCGUUUUUCUUCCUGAAUAUUAAGUUGCAGUGAAAUGUAUGGUGUCUAUACAGUAUAGAGAUAUAUAUCCAGUCAGUGAUACCUUAUAAAAUUUAUUUUUAAUUGCUUUAAAACUAAUUUUACUCCAAAUUUAUGUUGAUGGAAUGGGAGAAUGAGCGUUUCAUUCCCAAAUCGACAUCGAGAAUCAUUAUAUUUCCAGUUGGGGACGUCUACUCUGCAUGCUGCAUCAUAUUGCCUACUGUUGGGAAUCCUUGGACUUGGUACUGUAUAAGAAUAAAUAAAUAUUUUUAAAAAGAAUAUAUACACGUUAAGCAUUUCUUAAUGAAUCCACAACCUGCUUCAUUGCCAGUGAUGUACAGUUUAUUUUUGAGUGUUUCAGUGAUGUUUAUGAUCAGUCAGUGAAAGAAAAGUCCUCUGACAACUAAUGACUCCAGUCACCUGUAGCGUGAAGAUAUUUGCUGGACAUUUUUCUGCUUCAGUCCAUGAGCUGUACAGCAGGGGGAGGAUCAGAGAGUUGUGCCCGGUGUUAGAAUCUCUCUGCUGCACGGCUGGCGACUGCCCGAAUGUUCCCAUACACCUUUGAUGGUGGACUUCCU